AUUGUUAAUUUACUGACUGGGGAAAAUGUUCAGAGUCUAAUAAGCAAACACCCAAUGUUAAGUUAUUACUCCCCGUCCUCGCUGUGUUAUAAUUUGCUUCUGUUUUGACCUCCUUUUCUUGUUGUGUUUAGCCGGCAGGCAGUCAGUCAGUCAGGAAAGUCUAUUAAUAUCGCCAGCUGGUCUGUUGUAAACCAGAACGAGGACGAGGCACUAUGCAGAAGACGGCUGGUGUGUCUGUUUCUUGUGACAUGGCCUGCAGAGCUGACGCUGAGCUUAAACCUGAAAGCUUUAAAUUCACAGUUCUUUCUGAACAGAUAAACCAACUUGAGGAGGAUGACUCUGCUUUACAUAUGAAAGAGCCUGAUGUAAUCCCUGAUACUACUCUACGGGUAGAAGGAGAGGAUUUUUAUGUCAACCGUCAGCAACUGGCCCUCCAGAGUCCCUACUUCAGGGCUCUGUUUUUUGGCUGUGGUAUAGAGAGCACCAAAAAGAGGAUUGAGAUCAAAGGUGUGGGCCUGCAGCAUUUCAGGGUUUUGAUGGAAUACAGCAGGACAUCAAACCUUGCUUUGGACAGAGAAAAUGUUCUAGGGAUCUUUGAGACUGCAGACUUUUUACAACUGGAGCAAGCCAGGCUGCUGUGCUGCAAGUUCCUGGAGCGUGAGCUGCACCUCAGUAACUGUCUGGGAAUGAUGGCCUAUGCCUGGCGGCUGGGUUGCACUCAGCUCUACAAGGCGGCACGACAGGUGGUGCUCACACACUUCUCUGCUAUUGCCGCUGAAGAGGACUUCCUGUCUUUGUCUAAGGAGGCGAUAGCAGAUCUUCUUGCCAGUGAUGACCUGGCCAUCCAUAAAGAUGAUUUUGCCCUGGAGGCCACCCUGCGUUGGGUGUCAUUUGACCCAAAACGAGAAGAACAUUUUCUGGAGCUCAUUGAACUGGUGAGGCCUGAGUCGCUCUCUUUACCAUUUAUCACUGAACUUUUGACCAAAAUGAAAAGCUCUGACCCCAGAGCAAAGCUCAUUUACAUGCUUAAUGAACAUUUCCCGGCAUCUUGGUCAGUGGGGAGGUCACUGAAGAGAACCAGGGCCAGAGAGACCCUCUUUGUCCUGGGUGGCCCUCAUGAUCAGGAGCAACAGGCACUGUACCAGUUUCACCCGCUCAGUGGUAGAUGGCAGAGUUGUGCACCUCUGCGGAGGAAGAACCUCACACAGUACUCGGUAGCUGCAGUAGGAGACAAUGUGGUUGUGACAGGUGGCCACUUCCGGGACGUGCUGUGGUUCAGUGUGGAUUGGGUCAGGACAUACGAAUGUGGGAACCAGCGCUGGGUGGACGGACCGGCCCUGCAGAAAUCUAGGCACAGCCACUGCUCCAUAGGGCUGGACUCAGUACUGUAUGUCUUGGGGGGUAGCAUGGAUGAAGGGCUUGUGGAUGAUGUAGAAAGGCUGGUCCUAGGGUCAGAGGAGGGCUGGGAAGUGGUCAGCCCCAUGGUUAGGGCUGUGGAGAGGGCAGCCACUGCCGCUCUGGGGUCAUGUAUCUACGUGGCGUGUGGCUUGGAUGAAAAUGGGGAGGCGUAUGGUGGAAUUCAGAGAUAUAUGGUGAAGGAGGAUCAGUGGGAUGUGGUCUCUUAUUCUCCAUUUCCACGAUAUGACCUGGUUGCCACGGAGCUCAACGGCGCCCUCUACUUCUUUGGAGGCCAAGGCUUGCGUUUUGACGUGGAAACAGAUGAGUGGACUGUGCUGGAGGAGGAGGAAUGUCUGGACAGGAAGUUCUUCUCUGGCUGCACAACAGUCAACAGCCAGAUAUACCUGGUCAGUGAGAAGAAGAGCAAUAAAGCAUUCCCCAACAUGGUUCUGAUGGACCCUUACAUAGACACGUGCAUUGAGGUGGACGAUGCCAUACCCUGCCCGGUGCCCCUCAGAGGGUGUGUCACCAUGAGAAUGGUCACUUGACGGUGUGUGAUGUGGCCGAAUGAAAAUGCAUUUAUCUGUUCUACAUAACAAUAUAUGUAGUUAUGCAUAUGUGUGUAUUGGAAGUGUCAUUCUUGCCUUAAACAGAGCACUUGCCAUAUAUAUUUGUAUGUAAGAGGUCAGAAAUGAAAAGCCAUUUCAUAGAACAAAAAAAUCUAAAAAUGGAUUGAAUG